GUAUUUCCGAGCUCGGUGGUGUAUUUCAACGGCUAGCCGCGGUCACACUGAAGCAAAAACAUUUUUGGCUCGGAGAACGAUUAACACAAGCGGACUGAAAUUUUUUUGUUUUAGUGUUGCGAAAAAGUUUGUGGGAUUUUUAUAAAAUCGCCGGAAAAUGUGAAAAAUAUAUGUUAAUGUGUAAUGCUAGAGCGGCAAACGUCGGCAGCAGUAGCAGCAGCAACAAAAUCAGCAUCGACAAAAACACAGCAGCGCGCCAGCAACAGAAACAAACCGAAACACAACAAACCCAACAACAACAGCCAACAAUGUGAAUUGCUUUUUUUUUCCUUAUUAAUUGUAAACGAUAACCGAAUCAAGUGCAAUCAAAAUUAAACACAAACAUAUAUAAUAUAUGUUCAAAAUAUCUAUAUAUAUAUAUAUAUAUAUAUUUAUUUAUUUAUGUGUAACAAAAAGCCGCCAAAAACAAAUCACGUAAAAUAUGUAAGAUAGCGGAAAAAAAGGCAGAAAGAAAAGGAAGAGAAAGAGGAGAGAGCCAAAGCAAGAACCGUUAUUUUUCUCUCAGUGGAGGCAGGCAGGCAACAACAGACAAACAAUAACAAGAGCCGCCCAGCCAAGGUCAACUUUUGGUGUUUUUGGGGCCCAACAACACAAAAUGCACGCGUGUGUCUGCUGCUGUUCGACAAACAACAAUUGCAACAACAAGAACAACGACGGCAGCAGCAGUAACCACAACAACGACGACAGCAGAAUCAGCAGCGGCAACAACAACAAAUUGCAGCUAAGAAAGCGCAGGACAGAAGUUGAAGAAGAGGAAGAAGAGGUACUGGUCAAGUGGACGCAGGAUAAGAACAAGCAUCAAGAGGAGCAGAAGGAGCACCAGGCGGUGGAAAAGUUGUCUGCUGGCCAAAGCGCCAGUGGCGGCGACAACGAUCUCAACGGCGCCGCAACGAGCAGGCGGUGGUGGCUGCGCGAUCCUCCAGGAUCAGCGGAAGCGGCAGAAGGAGAGAGAAAAGGCGAAGGAGUGGAAGUGGGUGUGGGUGUGGGAGCAGCAGGAUCAGCGGGCACAGGUCCGACGACGUGGUGGUGGUCAGCUCCAUCCGUUGACGUUGCGGUGACGAUAGCGCCGGCUACGUUGUUGCUGUCGUUGCAGCGGCAAUUAGCAAAGGAAUUAUCUAAACCAACAAGAACAACUGCAACAAGAACAACAACACAAGCCACAUCCCAAGCAAUAAAAAGCGGAACAGCAGCGUUAAUAUCAUCAUUAAGUGCAAGCAUCGCCAACAUCAUCGAUUACAAGAUCCCAAAACACCAACAAUACCAAAACCAAAUCCCAAUCCUCGCCAGCCACGCCUUUUGAGUGCCUCUUUGUGUGUUGUGUAUUGUGCGUGCAUGCGUGUGUUGCAAAGUGUCCAAACUAAUCAAGAAAUCUACAACUUAAAA